CGCUGGCUGCGCUGGCGGCGGUGGCGUGCCUGGUGGGCGCGGUGCGCGGCGGGCCCGGGCUCAGCAUGUUCGCUGGCCAAGCGGCGCAGCCCGACCCCUGCUCCGACGAGAACGGCCACCCGCGCCGCUGCAUCCCGGACUUUGUCAAUGCGGCCUUCGGCAAGGAUGUGCGCGUGUCCAGCACCUGCGGCCGGCCCCCGGCGCGCUACUGCGUAGUGAGCGAGCGCGGCGAGGAGCGGCUGCGCUCGUGCCACCUCUGCAACGCGUCCGACCCGAAGAAGGCACAUCCUCCAGCCUUCCUCACCGACCUCAACAACCCGCACAACCUGACGUGCUGGCAGUCGGAGAACUACCUGCAGUUCCCGCACAAUGUCACGCUCACGCUGUCCCUCGGCAAAAAGUUCGAGGUGACCUACGUGAGUCUGCAGUUCUGCUCGCCUCGGCCCGAGUCCAUGGCCAUCUACAAGUCCAUGGACUACGGGCGUACGUGGGUGCCCUUCCAGUUCUACUCCACGCAGUGCCGCAAGAUGUAUAACCGGCCGCACCGCGCGCCCAUCACCAAGCAGAAUGAGCAGGAGGCUGUGUGCACCGACUCGCACACCGAUAUGCGCCCGCUUUCGGGCGGCCUCAUCGCCUUCAGCACGCUGGACGGACGGCCCUCUGCGCACGACUUCGACAACUCGCCGGUGUUGCAGGACUGGGUCACGGCCACCGAUAUCCGCGUGGCCUUCAGCCGCCUGCACACGUUUGGCGACGAGAACGAGGACGACUCGGAGCUGGCGCGCGACUCGUACUUCUAUGCUGUGUCGGACCUGCAGGUGGGUGGCCGCUGCAAGUGCAACGGCCACGCGGCUCGUUGCGUGCGCGACCGCGACGACAGCCUGGUGUGCGACUGCAGGCACAACACGGCCGGCCCGGAAUGCGACCGCUGCAAACCUUUCCACUAUGAUCGGCCCUGGCAACGCGCCACAGCCCGCGAAGCCAACGAGUGCGUGGCCUGUAACUGCAACCUGCAUGCCCGGCGCUGCCGCUUCAACAUGGAGCUCUACAAGCUGUCCGGACGCAAGAGCGGGGGCGUCUGCCUGAACUGUCGUCACAACACCGCUGGCCGCCAUUGCCACUACUGCAAAGAGGGCUACUACCGUGACAUGGGUAAGCCCAUCACCCACCGGAAGGCCUGCAAAGCUUGUGAUUGCCACCCCGUGGGCGCCGCUGGCAAGACCUGCAACCAAACCACUGGCCAGUGUCCCUGCAAGGACGGUGUGACGGGCAUCACCUGCAACCGCUGUGCCAAGGGCUACCAGCAGAGCCGCUCUCCCAUCGCACCCUGCAUCAAGAUUCCUGUAGCGCCGCCAACCACCGCAGCCAGCAGUGUGGAGGAGCCUGAAGACUGCGAUUCCUACUGUAAGGCCUCCAAAGGGAAGCUGAAGAUUAACAUGAAAAAGUACUGCAAGAAAGACUAUGCUGUCCAGAUCCACAUUCUGAAGGCAGACAAGGCAGGGGACUGGUGGAAGUUCACGGUGAACAUCAUCUCCGUGUACAAGCAAGGCACCAGCCGCAUCCGCCGUGGUGACCAGAGCCUGUGGAUCCGCUCGCGUGACAUUGCCUGCAAGUGCCCUAAAAUCAAGCCCCUCAAGAAGUACCUACUGCUGGGCAACGCCGAGGACUCGCCGGACCAGAGUGGCAUCGUUGCUGACAAGAGUAGCCUGGUGAUCCAGUGGCGGGACACGUGGGCGCGGCGGCUGCGCAAGUUCCAGCAGCGUGAAAAGAAGGGCAAGUGCAAGAAGGCCUAACGCACACGCAGCAGCGCGCUGGGCUCCGGACCGCGGGCCCGGCUGAGCGUGAGCGGAGCACAUGCAGCUGACGGCUGCCAUGGUGGACUUGGCCCAUGAGGGCUUUCCUGGGAGGGUGGAGGGUGGGGGCGGGGCUACAGCGGGGGCGGGGCCCUCAGUGGCCCCUCCCCCAGCCCCACUCUGUGCACCCCUAGCGGGAGCCAAGUGCAUGCACACUCAGGGCAGGGUGCGCAGCAGGCCAGGCCCUGGAGAAAUGAGGACCAGACGUAGCUACCUCACGGGGCUCCUUCCAGAGCAGAAAUGCGCUUCCCUAGGGCUAGGUGGGGUCACCGUGGAGGGGCUGGGAGCUAACCCUGCCGUGGGGCCUGAGGGACGGCACUGAAUGGCACCAGUGGGGCCGCAGAGCUUGGCGUUGUUGGUAAUGCAGAAGGGGGUGUGAGGAGAACUGUGAAAUUGCAGGGCAGGGGCUGUGAGCAAGCCCAACCCAACCACCAAAAGAUAAAAACCUCCUCCUUCCUCUCCUAGCUAUGACAUCCUGGGCCCCAUCUGAAAGGCAGGGGUGGCACUGGGGGAUGGGAGCAGCCUGUCCAGCCAGUAUUCUUCAUGGGGCCUCUGGUCUGCACGGCCACCUGCUGGGUUGGUCCUGGGCGGGGUGGGGGGAGAGAAGGCCCCUGUGGGUGCCUGCCUGGAGUGGCCCAGGGUUCUGGCCCAUCCUGAGGGCAAUGGGCCCAAGGACACCCUUGAGAAGCCCAAGCCGGGUGGUCACUGCCUCAUGCUGGAGCUGCCUGGGGGAGGAGGCAGUACGAAGGCAAAACCUCCCAGAGAGUUUCCUUUUUGGAAACUUGGAACCAGCCCCUUUUAUGACAUUUUCCAGGGGAGGGGGAAGGAGCACUGGCUGAGUUUACAGCAAUGACACUAUUUGUGUAAUGACAUCAGCUCCCACAAGGCCCCUCAGCAGUGUCAACAGCUGGAGAGGGCCUGGACGGGCAUGCCGGCUGCAAGGCAGUUGGGCUGGGCUUGCUUGAGUCAGAACAUGGUUCACUGGCUCAUCCAAAGUGCCCCGGUCCUAGGCGCCAGGAAUGGCCACGUUCCUGGGCACCCAUGACCACUGCCUGCUCUGCCCUUGCUGGUGGCUCCUAAGGCAGGAGAAGUGGCUACCCCAGAUGGCUCUGGGGCUGCCCUCACGGCUGUCUUCCUCUAACCGGGGCAGCACUUCACCCACUUUUUUCUAGCCGUCCUCAUUUUGAAGACCCCCUGUGCCUUCCAGUGGGCCCAGCCCUCCUUCCCAAAGCCUCCUAGAGACUGUCCUCAAGCAGGCAGCCCCAGACUUUUUGGCCUGGCUGCUUCGCAGGACCUGUUCCUGUGCUCUGGUGCCUCUCGGCUCCUGCCUUCCUGAGCUCUCUGCACUGCCCUCAUCUUCACACUGGGCAGCUGACUGAGUGGCCUGGCUCCCCUCUCAGUCAGGAAAUUGGUUUUAUUUUCCCUGCCAGAGGUUGGCUGCUUACAGGGCCAUACUAAGGAUGAAGCUCGCUUCCCUUUCCUUCCUCUACUUCUGCCCGCGUCACCACUGCCAUUUACUGAGCACCUGCUGCGUGCCAGGCACUUUACCUUCAUGUCCCCAGCCUGUCCUCAUGACAACCCUCUGGAACAGGGUCUCUUGCCCCCAUUUUCACCAACAGGGAAACUAGCAUGUGUGUGGCAGCACUGAGACUCAGAUCCCAGAACCAGGCUUUCGGGCUGUGCUACCCCUGGAACUUACCCAACAAUCCCCGAAGCAGGCUGUGAGGGGUGCCCAAGGCCGAGUUGCCACAGCGACCCUAGAAGCUGCCUCUUGAGGACCUUGAAUCUAGGCUGCAGAGUAAGCACUGGGGGGGGGGGUAGUACACUGACGUCUUCAGGAGUGGUGGGUGCAGCAGGAACCAAGGAGAGCCUACGGAAGUCUUUAGCGCUCCUGAGGUUCUAGAAAGGUGAUUUUCCUGCUUCAAGUGCAGGAUUCCAGGAGCAACUGGCAGAGGCACCUCAAGGUCAGUGAGAAGACAGACCUGCCCUGGGAAAGGGUGUUUGACUUCCCUGAAUCUUAACUCGGCGGUUGAGGGUCAAGGACUGGAUCUCUCCAGGCACUAAGGUCCAGUCUGGGCGGCUGAUGAGGGCAGUUGUUUAUGCUCCACCGCAUCCUACCCUGGGUCUGAAUCUUGCCCCGUGUCCAGUGAGGGCCUUGCACUGGUGGUCCUAGGCCUCCUCAGCAACGGAACCAGGGGCCUACCAAAUAACAAGGCAGCUUGCUGAAAAUCCAACCACUGUCACCCUCCAGCUCAGCCACCCCCCACCCCAGGGCCUAGGCCAUCCACGCAGUGGCCUAGCCCUUGGAGACGAUGUCAGGGUAGCCAGAUCAGGAACAAGGACACUGUUGGGAUUGCAUCAUUUUUCACAGGUUGCCCCCCCUCCCAUUUUCCUUAUGGACUCGGCCAGAACUCAGUCCAUUCCUACUCUACUCUGACCUCCACAGAGGAGACCCAGCUUCAGGCCAGCAUCCCUUUUCCACCUCUGUCCCCAUCCCAGGGAAGAGAGGGAAAUAGGAAUCGAGGUGUUCCAGUUUGUAUAGUUAGGAAGGGAUGUAAAACGGACCUAGAUUUGAAGAGUGUAUUAACCAGAAUUGUGAUACGUAGGUGUUGGAAGAAAAACACCAGAUUAGUCCUUAUUUUGUUCUUAAAACAGCUUCCCCCGUUGUCCUUUUUCUUACCAGGUGGGUGGUCUGGUACGCAAGAGCUGCCUAUUUUACUCACACUGUGGAAGGCCGAAGGCAAUGGCGCUGUCCCUCCCUGUGGCCUCUAUCCACAGCUUCUGUUCUUGGAAAGCAGACCAAGAGGCAACAACCUUAGGUUUCUUUGAGGAGGAGGGAUAGACAGCUGGAGUGAAAGCCCAGGGCCUGUGCCUCAGUGAUAGCAUGCAGGCCACGGGUACAGACUUUCUUGGAAUUGCCCAGGUUCAAUGAGACUGAAGUCGAGAAGAGACACUUAGGGACUAGGAAAUGGUUCUUUUAGGGUCCCAACACUUAAAGGAUCCCCCCCUCCCCACAAACUCCCAGAGCCAAGAGCAUGGACAGACUCAUGGAUGGGCCACUGGAUCACAGUUUGUGGACACUCCCGUGGGCCAUAGCCAUGCCAUACCCUAGGGGUAUCAAAAUUGACCUUGCCCCAAAUAAGCCAGCCCUACUCCUUGUGUCAUUGGAAAUCCUUCCCUGCUCCCAAAUGCACUUCCCUCAACUCCCUCCUGUGUUGGAGAUUUCUGUUCACUCAGAAUUGUAAAUGUUUAGUUGUGACCAUGACAUAUUGUUUGGGUCAGUGUUCCUUUCCAAUGCAUACUAAUAUAUUAUGGUUAUUAUAUAUGAAUAUAUUUAAUGACAUGGAAAGAGUUGUGGAUUUUUUUAAAGCUUUUUUUUUUUUUUGAUUGUUAGAGCUUAAUGGACCCAGAUGGAACUUGUAACGUGGGCCCCACAUGAUAGAACUAAAUUCAGAUAUCAUUAAAUAAACUCUUGUAUACUG